AUGUCUUCUCGCGACAGAACGCCGCCGAAAGCGGCGCCUCGGCAGUCAAUCCCUUUACAAGAUCUCUCAAGAGGCCCCGAUGAUUCCUUCGCAGGUUCGAAUGGGACACAAGGACACAGCGCUGGUUCAAGUAGUCACUUUCAUCGACAUAGUCGCACUCGCUCGCUUCUCGCCGGUCGUCGAACCCCAACCUAUGCACGUCUGGAUGAAGAAUCGCCUACAAGAGGGGGGAGUGGAUGGGGGCGCGCCGGCGUGGGCGCACGAAGACACGACGACAAUGACUCUCCUGUUGAGGAUAUAGAAGGCUUCGCAGCAGCUACGGUCGGUCUGGAUCUGAACCUCCCAUCUACACCCCCAAGCGCGAGCACGAGGAGGCCGACAAUCAUCACCACUCCAGCUGAUCCCGCCGAGGGAGAUCAUUUUGAGACCGACAUAUUCUCCCCCCCGGAUACUGAUACAACACCAUUAACCGAAGGACGUGGAUACACAUCGUCUCUGAAGACAUCUGGCUCAUUAUCUCGAGGACAGAGGCACGAUAGACAGGGAAGACUGUCCAGCGUGCACUGGGCAGAAGGAGAACCUCCUUCAGUCUCUCGCGGUCGGGGCUCAAGGCUUGGAGAUGACCUACCCACCCUCAAUACAAGCACCGCUCUACGUCGAAAAUUGAGCACUGGUAGCACCAUGGCUGGUCUAACACCCGAAAGAGCAGAGUCCGGAGAACGAUCCCGCUCACAGUCACCGUCUCCUUCUCCCAUGGCAAGAGCGAACUCGAUGCUGCGAGAGAUAUCUCAGCGUGUCGUCAAUUUGAGUAACGACUCAGAUAUGGUUGAUCAGAAGAUUCGUCGAAAAUCCUCAGUACGAGAUCAGAGGCGACCAAGUACAUCGACCCCUAUCGGACAGCCAACACCAGAUGAGGAAGAAGCAUCCGGAAUGCCCUCGCCACUGGAGAAGGUCCCUUCUGUCGACGCAUCACCCGCACCGUUCAUGCCUGUUCAUUACCCAAACCCUCUGCUAGGCAAGUCGUGGGGCGUCUUUGGACCGGAGAAUCCGCUACGGAAGUGGCUGCUCGAGGUCCUUGUGCAUCCGCUCACUGAACCCUUAAUCCUGGUGUUGAUCAUUACUCAAGCCGUGCUGCUGGCAGUGAAUGCUGCCUCUGAUGCUGUGUACCUGCAGACAAGGACCAAGCGAUGGGGCACAGGCUUCGAUUAUGCUAUCUUUGGGCUUUUCGUAAUCUACACUUUGGAACUGGUCGCCCGUACCAUCGUCUCAGGCUUCAUCUCGAACCCACGCGAGCAUAGUACGAUCAAUCGAGAACUAGGUCUCAAGAGAGCGGUGCUACAAAAGGCCCACACACUCUUUUCCGGACAGCAAUUACAAGAUAUGCCACCUGCAAAGACCGAUACUCCAAAUCCCUCCAUCGUACGUACUUUCACUGGUGUCCCGGGUCCCGGCGCCCCCGGUCAUCGCAAACACCAGCAGAGGAUGCGCCUUGCUCGGCGUGCUUUCCUCAGACAUUCUUUCAAUCGGCUCGAUUUUGUGGCUGUUGUGUCGUACUGGAUUUCGUUCUCUAUGCAGACGACGCUGAUAGAGAGCAGUACCCACGUCUACGUCUUCAACAUGUUGAGCAGUUUACGAAUCCUACGCUUGCUUGGCCUGACAGCAGGAACUUCGGUCAUUCUUCGUAGUCUGAAGAAAGCGGCCCCUCUCCUGGUUCAUGUUGCAUUUCUGAUCGGUUUCUUCUGGCUCAUUUUUGGUAUCGUUGGAGUCCAGAGCUUCAAAUCAAGUCUUCGACGGACCUGCGUCUGGGUUGGAGACGAUGGCUCUGGUCAGAACUACACACUUAACGUCGCUCCUGAGAAUGUACAGUUUUGCGGAGGUUACCUGGACGCAGUCACAGCAGAACCCAUGCCAUGGCUGAAGCUCGACGGGCAAAAUGGCACACGCAGUCCCAAAGGUUAUUUCUGUCCACAAAAUUCCUUAUGCGUGGAAGGCUCUCAGGGCCCUUACAAUGGUACUGUCAGUUUCGACAACAUCGUCCAAUCCCUGGAGCUCGUGUUCGUCAUCAUCAGUUCCAAUACCUUCUCCGAUCUGCUAUACUACCUCACCGACUCCGAUUACUUGGCAGCAGCGCUUUUCUUUGCGGCUGGUAUUGUCGUUCUCAGUUUGUGGAUGGUCAACUUGUUGGUGGCUGUCAUCACCUCUUCCUUCCAGAUUAUUCGCGAAGAGAGUCGUCAAAGCGCAUUUACCGCGGACAACAUCGACCAGCCAGUACUUGCAGACGAUCCGAUGACCAAACGAAGCCAGCUGAAGAAGAUCUUUGACAAGACUCAUAUGUUCUGGGUUAUUGUCAUUGUCUAUGGGCUGGUGGUGCAAAGCUUGCGCAGCGCGCACAUGAGCGACUCUCGUGAAGACUUCAUCAUGAACUCCGAGACAAUCGUCACACUACUCCUUCUCGUUGAGAUCAUUCUUCGCUUCCUUUGUGACUGGCGAAAUUUCUUUCGAGGCAAACGUAAUUGCAUUGAUCUUCUCCUUGCCGUUGUCACUUCCAUCAUGCAGAUCCCAGCAAUUCGACAUUCCGGCAAGCCUUAUGCGUGGCUCACAGCCUUCCAGAUUGCCCGUGUCUAUCGAGUCGUCUUGGCGGUCAGGGUUACCAGAGAAUUGGUGAUGCUUGUGUUCAGCAACAUCGGUGGUUUACUCAACCUGAUACUCUUCGUCUUCUUGUUCACCUUCAUGGCAGCCAUUCUAGCAUCCCAAUUGCUGAGAGGAGACAUCCCUGCCGAGGAUAAUGCUGGGGACACAAUCGAAGUGACCUUUUUCAACAUUUGGAAUUCAUUUGUCGGCAUGUACCAAGUUUUUUCAAGCGAGAACUGGACCUCUCUCAUGUAUAACGCCACCGAGUACAACCUCAUAUGGGAUACAGCAUGGCUAAGUGCGAUGUUUUUCAUUCUGUGGUUUAUCAUCUCAAACUUAAUCGUACUCAAUAUGUUUAUUGCUGUCAUCCAAGAGAGUUUUGAUGUGUCUGAGGACGAGAAAAGAUUGCAGCAGGUGAAGGCUUUCCUUACGCAGAAAGAAAUCAGUGGCUCGGCCCCUGGCAAUUUGUCACUUGCCGCAGUAUUCAAGAUGGGACGAGAUUCACUCAGACAUCGCGAUGCCUUGGAAUACGGCUCCGCUACUGUCGAGCAAUUGUUAAAGGAGGCUGUCGUCACAGAUUUCUUGGAUGAACAGCAGGAAGGACUGUCGAAGCGACCCCCUUCGAUGCAUCUGCCCGAUGCUGGAGCAGUGAAGGUAGGCCUCCUGUCAAAGUAUUGGGGUAAGCUUGUCGGCCUCAGCAAGCACCAUGAACCAAAUCCGUUCUAUUCCAAUGCCACCAUCACACGGGCUAAUGAAGAGUUCGACCCUCGGGCAGCUGCAAAAAGGGUCGUCAUGACCACUGAGAACCGACGGCGCGCUCAGCGUCAAUAUUUGCAGAAGCACCCAAAGUACAACGUGUCACUCUUCAUUUUCAAACCCAACAACCGACUUCGAAAGCUUUGUCAAUACCUGGUCGGGCCAGGGCGAGGAUCAGAGCGAGUUGAAGGUGUGUCGCCGUACAGACCUGCCUGGUAUGCCUUUUCGGCUUUCAUUUAUGCCGCCAUAGUUGCUAUGGUGAUUCUAGCCUGCAUCACGACGCCGCUAUAUCAACGCGACUACUUCCUGGACCAUGACGUGAAUUUCACUAAUUGGUUCGUUUGGACCGAUUUGGGCUUCGCAGUUCUUUUCACUGCAGAAGCAGCAAUUAAGGCCAUUGCUGAUGGGUUCUUCUUUACCCCGCAUGCCUACUUCAGAAGUGUCUGGGGUUUCAUCGAUGCCGUGGUCUUGAUGACACUAUGGAUCAAUGUCAUCACCACAUUGUAUCGGGACGAUGGCGUCUCUCGAGCUGUCGGUGCCUUCAAAGCUUUAAGGGCGUUGCGACUGCUCAAUAUCAGCGAUACUGCCCGAGAAACAUUUUAUUCCGUCAUCAUCAUUGGCGGAUACAAACUUAUAGCCGCAGCAUUCGUAUCGAUGAGUCUUUUGGUCCCGUUCGCCAUUCUAGGUGUCAAUCUAUUCAACGGUGAGAUGAAGGCAUGCAACGACAGCAAUUUUGGUUACAACUCUUUGACCAAUUGUGUUGGUGAAUUCAACUCGACACCCUUCAACUGGCCGGUAUUGGCUCCCAGGCAGGUGUCAAACCCGUGGUACUCUUUUGACGAUUUCGGCAGUGCUCUGUUCAUCCUUUUCCAGAUUGUUUCUCAGGAAGGAUGGACCACUGUUAUGUGGUCUGGCAUGAGUAUCACUGGUAAGGGAUUACAACCUCGGGCAUUUGCAUCCCAGGGGAAUGCUGUCUACUUCAUCGUCUUUAACCUUCUAGGAGCUGUCUUCGUGUUGACAUUGUUCAUAUCAGUCUUCAUGCGCAAUUAUACCGAGCAGACCGGCGUCGCUUUUUUGACCGCCGAGCAACGUUCCUGGCUGGAAUUGCGGAAACUUUUGCGGCAAAUCUCGCCCUCCAAACGGUCAAUCGGGGAGAAGACAUCCCGUCUUAGAAAGCUGUGCUAUGACUUGUCAAUCAAGAAACGAGGGAAAUGGCAACGGUUCAUCACCACCAUCCUGGUCCUGCAUUUGAUUCUUCUUAUGGUGGACUACUACCCCGAGCCGGUCUGGUGGGAGACAUUGCGAGAAUGGAUAUUCCUGGGCUUUGCCGUCAUACUCAUCACCAAUGUCGUGAUCAGGAUCAUCGGGCUAUCCUGGAAUCGGUUCAGAAGAAGCUCUUGGGACAUGUACUCGAUCUUGGUUCUCUCAGGGAUCCUGGGGACUUCUCUUACGAGGCUUUCCAAUGUUAAAAGCAGCAGCUUUGAACAAGUCCACAAGCUCUUGUUAGUUUCAGCCACUUUUCUACUCAUCCCACGCAACAAUCAGCUCGACCAAUUAUUCAAAACUGCGGCGGCGUCGCUGCCACUGAUUGCCAAUCUCCUUGCAACAUGGUUUGUGCUUUUCUUGGUGUAUGCGAUUGCAUUCACGCAAGCAUUCGCCUUGACACGUUUUGGGGACAAUGAAAGCAACAAUGUCAAUUUCCGCACCGUGCCGAAAGCUUUGAUACUCCUGUUCAGGACAAGCAUCGGCGAAGGAUGGAACCAAAUCAUGGAGGAUUUUGCCGGGAUUGAACCUCCUUUUUGUGUUCAAGGAGAUAGUUUCUUCGACAGCGACUGUGGCAGUUCGGCCUGGGCAAGAACCCUGUUCAUCUCUUGGAACAUUAUCAGCAUGUACCUCUUCGUAUCAUUGUUCGUCUCGUUGAUUUUCGAAAGCUUCUCCUACGUCUAUCAACAGAGCAGCGGCAUGUCUAUCGUAAGCCGCGAUGAGAUCAGACGUUUCAAACAAGCCUGGGCAGACUUUGACCCGAAUGGCACCGGCUUCAUCUCCAAGGAACAAUUCCCUCGCCUGCUAGGGGAACUCUCCGGUGUCUUCUCGAUGCGCAUCUAUGACGGCGAUUUUUCCGUGCAGCGUAUUAAAGAGGACUGCUGCUUCCAACCCGGAGACCCUGUUGCGCCGGGUAGUAGAAUAUUCGAAGGGAUGGACUUAACUAGGUUAUCUGAAAGAGUCAGCCAAAUCCCGGUCGAUGAAAUCCGGAAGAGAAGGGAACGAAUGAACGUGUUUUACGAAGAAGCCUUGCUCACGGCUGAUCCGGGUCGCGGGAUUCCUUUCACAGCAUGUCUCUUUCUUCUGACCCAUUACAACGUCAUCACGGAUUCGCGAAGCUUGCGGCUGGAAGAAUUUUUACGACGGAGAGCACGUUUGCAGAGGGUUCAAGAAACUAUUCGACGCAAUACUGUGGUUGGCUUCUUCGACACCGUCUAUUGGUCGCGAGAAUUCAGGAGAGCUGUCGAACGGCGACGGAAAUCACGUCUUGCUGCCCCUCCAGCGAUUCCUGUGCCGGAGAUUUUCAUCGAGAACCCGGAUGAUAAUCUUGAGAGCAGCAGCAGUACUGAACCGCGAGACUUUACAGCAUCAACGCCCUCAUACACACCGAAGAAAACAAUCACACAUCUUCCACCUAUCGACACAUCAUUCCAGGCCGGUGACUCGCUGCAGAGCCCGUCCGGAUUCAGCUUCGACGAGUCACCCAGAGCCAGCCCGACUAGGACGAGAUUGGGGUCGGUGGAUACAUCGUAUCAUGGCGCACAUAGAUCGUCACCUACAACGCCAACAUUGAGCCACAGCCGCCACGGUAGCACAGCUAAUGGGAUGGGUGGACAAGGUGUCAUGGAAGAUUUUGAUGCCUCAGCAUGGGGAGAGAGUCUACGACGAAGUUUUACCACCAGGAGAUCACGGGAUGACCUCGAUUGA